AUGACGGCAAACAACGUCUUGAUCGACGCCUCUGGGAAUGCCAAGCUCUGUGGUUUUGGCCUGGCAGUCAGAGUUGUCCCCGGGAAAAAACUAAAGACUUUCUGCGGCACUCUGGCCUACUGUGCCCCGGAACUCUUCGGAGUGGAGCCAUACGAUGGCUAUGCCAGCGAUGUUUGGAGUUUAGGUGUGCUGCUCUACUUCAUGGUGACCAGGCACCUUCUGUUCCAAGCGAGCUCUUCUAUGGGGUUGAAGCAGCAAAUUCUGGCUGCAAACUUCAACGUUUCUCAUCAUGUCCCAAGUGACAUUUUCAGCAUUAUUGUGGAACUCCUGAUGAUCAGCCCCAACAGGAGGCCCAUCAUCAGCCAAAUCCUAAGGCUCCCCAUGAUCAGGGACAGCCAGGCACGGGCAUCCGUACAGAGUCUCCCAGGCACCCCGAGCCCUAGCAUUGUCGGCACCAUGACAGGCAUGGGGUACCAACGUGAAGAAAUGAUUGAGUGUCUUAGAGACCAAAAGUAUAACCAGGUGAUGGCCAAAUACCUGAGUCUGCAACACCAGGCACCCAGGGGAGACUGCUGCCAUCACCGGGUGAAACCCACAAAACCCAUGGAGCCAGGCCUUGUCCUCAACCGGGCUGAUCUUCACACCUUCUCUGGGACUCUCAGGAGAGCUGCUGAGCCUACUUCCCCAACCUUCAUCGUGCCAUCUGAGCCCCAGGAGAAAGAAGAUGAGAAUUCCAGGCAGGGUGGCAGAAGGCAUAGCGUGCCUGCCACCCUGUGCUGCCAGCCUAGGAGGAUCCACCCUGCCCACCUAUCCCACCUGCGCUGUCCUGUGGCUGAUUCCCUCAUGAGCAGCAGCCUGGACAGCAGCAAGAGUUUCUCACAGUCGAAGAUCGGGUUGUGUGGCAGCCUGACGGCGAGUGCCCAGCCAUCCUGCUCUCUGUCCCACCCUCUUGGGGCAGACCACAGUGAGGCUGCAAAUAACGCAGAGAAACUCUGGAGCUCGCUGGGGACAGCUCUGCGUGUAACCCCCAAAGGCUCCUCCCUUGGGGACACACUGCAGGAAGAAGUGCAGGAAGAGGCCAUCAGCCAUGGUCAGCCCCAGGAUGCUGGGCCAGCUUCCUCCCGAAACCAGAGGUGCCACCACAGGAAGAGGGUCAAGAAAACCAUUGUAAAUUGCCUCAGACACCUAUGUUGCUGCCUGCCUCCUGCAGAGAGUAACCAUGCCUCCCGUGAGAACCAGGCUCCACAGUCAGGGGAUCCUAGAGGCACCCACAGAACCAGGUGA